UCAAUUUUGGGGGUCCAAUGUGAAGUGCAGAAGCAGCUGAAAGCCUUUGUCACUCUUGAGCGCUUCGAACAGAUCUACAGCUCCAGCAUCGCUGGGUGCCGGCAGGUCAAGAAGAACAAGAACUUUGCCUCUGGAGGCUCUAUCUUCGGCAAAGGGGUCAAAUUCGCCAUGAAGGAUGGGCGCGUGGCCACCGACAUUAUCAGUGUGGCCAACGAGGAUGGACGGAGGAUUGCAGCCAUCUUGAACAAUGCCCAUUACCUGGAGAACUUGCACUUCACCAUCGACGGAGUGGACACGCACUAUUUCAUUAAGCAAGGGCCAUCAGAGGGUGAUCUGUCCAUCCUGGGCCUCAGUGGCGGGCGGAGAACCCUGGAGAACGGCGUGAAUGUGACAGUGUCCCAGAUUAACACAGUGCUAGGUGGAAGGACUAGACGUUACACGGACAUCCAACUCCAGUAUGGUGCGCUGUGUCUAAACACUCGCUACGGGACCACCUUGGAUGAGGAGAAGGCCCGUGUCCUAGAGCUGGCCCGACAGCGUGCUGUCACCCAAGCUUGGUCCCGGGAACAGCAGAGACUGCGGGAUGGGGAGGAGGGUAUUCGCUCGUGGACAGAAGGGGAGAAGCAACAAGUGCUAAACACGGGCCGGGUACAGGGCUACGACGGCUAUUUUGUGAUCUCAGUGGAGCA